AUGUCAUUAAUGCAUAGGAUAGAUGUUGUGAUUGCGAACGAUGAGGGCGAUUAUCGGUGUUCAGUGAAGCGAUCGCAACAUAUCACUCAUCGAACUAUACGAUUAACGGUCAAAGAGCCAGCUAUCAAACUUUAUGCCACUGACGUGAGCUUUCCUUAUCAUUUCUUAACUAGUGAUUCAGUGCAGCUCGCUGCAACUGUUCCCAAAAAUUGA